GUGGCGGCGGCACUCGGUGCUCAAGUAACCGAUCUGACGUUUAAGGCUUAAUGGACACCGUCAGAGUCGGCCGGCCGGCGGCUCUGGUUCGCGUCAGCUCUAGCCACGUCAGGGGUGGGAUUUGAGUCUUGGGCCACGUCAUCCUCUUCCACCGCCACACCUCGCCCCUCAAGGCGCACCUGCUGGGGGUGCUGCUUCGGACAGGCAGUGGGCUGUCUGCUGCUCCUACUGCUGAAGGGGUGGGGGGGAGAGGCAAUUUGGGCUGGGAAGUGGUUGGGGUUGGCAAGGGGGAGGCCUUGGUGUGGCAUGGUAUGUCUGAUAUGGUAGUGUGCUAUGCCAUGGUGGUGUGCCAUAGUGUGCUAUGCCAUGGUGGUGUGCCAUAGUGUGCUAUGCUCAUGGUGGUGUGCCAUAGUGUGCUAUGCCAUGGUGGUGUGCCAUAGUGUGCUAUGCCAUGGUGGUGUGCCAUACUGUGCUAUGCCAUGGUGGUACGCCAUAGUGCGCCAUGCCAUGGCGGUAUGCCAUAGUGUGGUAUGCCAUGGUGGUAUGCCAUAGUGUGCUAUGCCAUAGUGUGGUGUGCCAUAGUGUGGUGUGCCAUAGUGUGGUAUGCCAUAGUGUGGCAUGCCAUGGUGUGGCAUGUCAUUGUGUGAUGUCACACUGUGGCUUGCCAUAGUGUCGCAUGCCAUCGUGUGUCAUAUCAUGGUGUGGCAUGUUAUGGUGUGGUAUGCCUUAGUGUUGUAUGCCUUAGUGUGGUAUGCCAUAGUGUGGUAUUCCAUACUGUGGUAUGUCAUACUGUGUUGUGGUAUGCCAUGGUGUGGUAUGUCACAGUCUGGUAUGUCACAGUCUGGUAUGUCAUAGUGUGGUAUGUCAUAGUGUGGUAUGCCAUAGUGUGGUAUGCCAUAGUGUGGUAUGCCAUACUGUGCUAUGCCAUGGUGGUAUGCCAUAGUGUGCUAUGCCAUAGUGUGGUGUGCCAUAGUGUGGUAUUCCAUAGUGUGGUAUGCCAUAGUGUGGUAUGCCAUAGUGUGGUAUGCCGUUGUGUGGUAUGCCAUAGUGUGGUAUGCCAUAGUAUGGCGUGGCAUGGUAUGUCUGGUAUGCAGCCAUGGUGGCAUGCCAUGGUGUGGUUGUGUGAUGGCAAUGUGUUCGCAUGGUGUGGCAUGUCACACUGUGACUUGCCAUAGUGUCGCAUGCAAUCGUGUGUCAUAUCAUGGUGUGGCAUGCCAGUGGUAUGCGAUGGUGUGGUGUAACAUAGUGUGGCAUGUCAUAAUGUGGUAUGUCAUGGUGUGGCAUGCCAUCAUGCCAUGUGCAGGUUGACAGCAGCUGGAGGGAAGUGGAGGCACAUGGAAGGCAAGGAAGGCUGCAGGGGAAGGGAGAAGCAAGCGGGUGGCGUGCGACAAGCAUGGCAGUUUCACGCUGCCAUGGCAUGCCACUUGAUUCGCUCUUCAUAUAGUUCGUGAUUAUCGCACUCUAUUGUAGUGUGCUGUGAUCUCAUAGGAUAAUUAUCUCAUAUAUGCCCUGUAAUUAUCGUAUCAAUGAGGCCCCUCGUCAUGUUGAGGCACCAAGGGCCCUCUGUGCAGUGCUGAUCUUUUGACUCU